AUGGCCGACGCAACAACGGAGAGGGAGGACGACCUCCUCUCCGUCGAGGAUUUUCAGGCUGGCGGGCUGGUCCACUCCGCCCAGGCCCCUUCCAAUGACCGCAUCGGCGGAUCAUCGGACAGGGAGGCAGCCGCGGCAACGCUAUCGGGCGAGGAAGGGGAGCCCGCGCCUUCAAAGAAAAAGGCGCGAAAAACCGCGCCGAAGGUGGCGCCGCUCCCGGGCGCACAGAGAAGAAAGAGGCGCUCCAGCAAGCUGAAGGUCGGCUCUUCCAAGCUUGCUCCAUCGUCCGCCAAAAAGACGACCCCAGUUCAGCCUGCUACCUCGGUGCAGCCUUUGAACCUCGUCGGAUUACCGUGGCCCACUAAGGCGGCCAAGAAGGCCACAGUUCAGUCCACAGGGCUUCAAGAUGAGGACCCUUCCUCAGAGGAGGAUCAGUCCUCGGAUCUAGGGGAGCGCGAGGAAGGUGAAUACGACUCAGACGAAGACAUUCCCCCUCCAGAUGAGCAACAGCCAAGGCUGUUUUCUGGGGAGGAUUUUCAGAGUCUAUUAGCUAAGGCCCUUCUGGCACUGGACCUCAUGGAGGAUCAGGAAGCCUUAGAAGAUCCUUCCCCAAAACGCAAGCGGGGAGUGCAGGAGUGCUUUCCUAGGAAAAGGCCCCAGACUAACACGGUACCAUUUCCAGAAUUUUUUCUGCAAGCGGUUACAGACGAAUGGGACAACCCCACCUCAGGGAAAUCAAUUCCUAGUGGGGUUAAAAAGAAUUACAACCUAGCACCUCAUGCAAUGAGCCUCCUCAAGGUCCCCCUGGUGGAGGCUCCAGUUAUUGACCUUCAAAACCCCGGCCUAGUUCCUGAGGAUGGCGCUGGUUCCAUCAAAGACCAGCUAGACAGGAAAGCUGAAUCACUGACCAGGAAGGCUCAUGAGGCUGCUGCCAUGGCGAUCCAAGCAAACGCAACUACUUCCAUCUUUGCCAGAGCUUCCUACCUCUGGAUAAAGAAACUUAUCCAGCUGGUUCCUCAGGAGAACCAACGUGUGGUUGCUGGACUGGAUAGGGUACUUAAGGCAACUUCCUUAAUGGCUGAUGCUUCUCUGGAUGCUAUCUCCUUCUCAGCCAAAUCCAUGGCUUCGGUCACCUCAGUCAGAAGAGCACUGUGGCUCAGAGCUUGGCCUGCUGACUUCAAGGCCAAGUCUACAUUGAUGGCCUAUCCUAUCCAAGAGGGGAGGUUAUUUGGAGAGAAGUUGGAUAAAAUCCUAGUGGAAACUAGGGACAAGAGACACGUGAUGCCUAAGCAAUUGAGAAAGGACAAUCGCCCAUCCGGAUACCAGUCCUUUCGUGCCCCCAGAGCUCCCUUCAGAUACAGAUCAGAGUCCAGGAAAGGGUCUUGGAGCAGCAAUAGUUCCAACUCCCGAACCUUUCGUAAGGGCGGCAGAUUCCUUAGGCAAGGCCAGCAAACCCGGUCAGAUAAAUCCGACAACGCCCCGAGUCUUCUCCAAGAUCCUCAUCACCAUCAUGGCAUCCCUCAGACAGGAAUCUAUCCAAGUACACCCUUACUUGGACGACAUCCUGAUCUGCGCACAAUCUCGACACCAGUCCCUGGCGCAUACCGCGAGAGUGGCACAGAUCCUACAGGAUCACGGAUACGUCCUCAACUUGGAGAAGAGCUCCCUGGAACCCUCCCAGCACAUCAUCCACCUCGGAGUCCACAUAAACUCAACUACCAACAGCCUUUCCCUACCACGGAAAAGAAUCCACAAGAUAAUCACCCUAGCCAGAGCCACUAUACUGAACAGAAGAUCCAGUCUAAAGGCGCUAGCAAAACUCAUGGGUCACAUGGUCUCGUGCAUAAACAUCGUUCCAUGGGCAAGAUUCCACCUUCGCCCACUCCAGUGGUUGCUCCGACCUUUUCAAAGACACAUCACCCGCAAGACACACAAACUAAUCCAAGUGCCAGUCUCUGUGAAGCACAGCCUCCAAUGGUGGACCAACCCAUCCAAUCUGGGCAAGGCUCUGAAGUACCUCCACGACGAUCCGCUGCAAGUCUUCACGGACGCCAGUUUAGAAGGCUGGGGAGCAACCCUCAAUUCCAAGGUAGCACAAGGUCGUUGGUCACCACAGGAAAAGGGGCUCCAUAUCAACCUUCUGGAGCUUCGGGCGGUCCGGCUGGCCUUGCGGGCGUUCGCAAAGGACAUUCAACACCAUCACGUCCUCGUGCGCUCGGACAACAUGACCACGAAGGCGUAUAUCAACAAGCAGGGAGGGACCAGGUCCUCGGCCCUUCACCAGGAGACGUCCCUGAUUUUCAAGUGGGCACAGGCCAAUGUGCAAUCAUUGAAGGCAGAGCACAUCAGCGGAGUCCUGAACACGCAAGCGGACUGGCUAAGUCGACAGACAGUGCAAGAGGGAGAGUGGUCCUUAGACCAGAUGACCUACCAGACCAUCACAGCCAAGUUCGGUCAUCCCGUAAUAGAUCUCUUCGCGUCUGCCUCCAACCACAAGACCCCUCGGUUCUUUUCCAGGUACUUCCACCCAAGGGCAGAGGGAACAGAUGCUCUCCUCCUCCCCUGGCCCCAGGGACUGCUAUUCGCCUUCCCACCGAUUCCAAUUCUUCCCAAGGUCCUGCGCAAGAUUCGACAGGAGAGGGCCACGGUCCUUCUAGUGGCCCCCUUUUGGCCACGCAGACCCUGGUUUGCGACACUCCGCAACCUCUCCAUCCAGGAGCCCUGGAGGAUCCCAACCUCUCCAACCAUGCUUCAGCAGGGCCCUCUGACUCAUCCAAAGCCCCAGUGGUUCUGCUUGACCGCUUGGCUCUUGAGCGCUCAAGACUCCUAGCUUGCGGAUACUCACAAGAGGUGGUGGCUACCAUCCUAGAAGCUCGCAAGCCAUCGACGCGACGAAUAUAUACUGCAUCCUGGAAGGCCUUCGUUAGAUGGGGACAGAGAAAGAAAGUGAACCCCUUAAAUCCAGGAGUUAGCAAGAUAUUGGAAUUUCUACAGGAGGGCGUGAGGCUUAAAUUAUCAGCCUCAACUCUCAAACGUCAGAUCGCAGCCAUCUCCACAGUCGUUCCUUCUAUAGAGGGCGUUGCCACCUCUCAACACAGGGACAUCUCUGCCUUCCUAAAAGGUGUCACACACAUGCGCCCACCGACCAUCCACCGCUUCCCCACUUGGAAGCUGAACCUAGUCUUAAAGGCUCUCACCUCAGCCCCAUUCGAGCCGCUGAGGAAGAUACCCCUUCAGUUCCUUCGGAUGAAGGUACUAUUUUUAACGGCUAUCACCUCAGCCCGCAGAGUUUCUGAACUCAGAGCCCUCUCAAUCCACAAGGGCCUGUGCACCUUCCAUAAGGAUAAGGUCGUCCUACGGUUGGAUCCAGCCUUCCUUCCAAAAGUAAACUCCUUCUUCCACAGAGCCCAGGACAUCUCUCUUCCAUCAUUCUGCCCGAAACCUUCUUGUCAGGCCGAGAAAUCAUGGCACACCCUGGACCUUCGCAGGGCUAUCCGCAUCUACAUCGAUAGAACAGAAGAGUUCCGAAAGUCUGACUCGAUGUUCAUCAAUAUCUCCAACCCCAACAAGGGGUUAAGAAUGUCGUCCGCCUCCAUAAGCUACACUCUGCGUAGGUGCAUCAUAGAAGCCUACAAAGCUGCUAAGGUCACUCCUCCAGAAGGGAUCACUGCUCACUCCCUUCGCAGUUCGGCGACCUCAGCGGCGUUCAACCGACAGGCCCCAGUUGACGAAAUUUGCCGAAUCAGUAUUACAAGACAUCUGAUCUACCAGACAAGGCUUUUCACAGUUGUGACACAAGAGAAAGGAGAUGUUCAAGAACCACCAGCUCCAGCUGUUCGAAUCAAGCAGGCACAGUAUUUUGACUGGGCCUUGAACAAACUGGAUAGUUCUAUCAGAAGAACCGGACGCAUCACUAGAACCCUUCUGUUACAAAUAUUCCAUGAUGUGUGUAGAACAGGGUAUCCAAGUAGUAACCAGGCCCUGCUGUUGUUGAGAAGCUGUGGUUCCUUGUUGCCUGAGCUGAAUCCAGCAGAUCGAACAGAACUUGCCCAUACCAUAUGGGCCAAAUUGAAAAAUCUGGGUGUUGUAUACGAUGUAAGCCAUUAUAAUGCUUUGCUAAAAGUCUACCUUCAGAACGAACACAUGUUCUCUCCAACUGAAUUCCUAACAAAAAUGGAAGAAGCUAAUAUUCAGCCCAAUCGAGUCACAUACCAGCGAUUGAUUGCUGCCUAUUGCAAUAAAGGAGAUAUUGAUGGUGCCAGCCAAAUUCUUGGUUUUAUGAAGAGCAAAGAACUCCCAAUCACAGAGUCUGUAUUCAGCGCCCUUGUGACAGGCCAUGCAAGAUCUGGAGAUAUGGAUAAUGCAGAAAAUAUCCUUUCUGUGAUGAAAGAUGCUGGAAUUGAACCUGGUCCGGACACUUAUGUCACAUUACUGAAUGCAUAUGCUGAGAGAGGGGACAUAAACAAAAUUGAAGAGACCCUGGAAAAGAUUGAAAAGGCUGAUAAUUAUCUUUUGGACAGGGACUUGAUGGACAUCAUUGUUACUCUUGCUAAGGCUGGAUAUCCUCAGUAUGUGCAAAGUAUUUUGGAGAAGAUGCGAUAUGACAGGGGAUACAUUCCAGAUGCCAUGAAUCUUAGUCUCAACUUAGUUACACAAGGCUUAGAAGACACCGCUUUUCAAGUUCUGAAGUCAUUUCCUACAUCGUCAUUAGAUACCCAGAAUGGAAACAGUUUAGACCGUGGCAACUUCUUCUUACGGCAUUGUAUAAAUAUGGAAAAGCCAGCAGCAAAGCUGAAACAUUUUUGCGAGGAGUUGAAAGCAGCCAGCCUUCAUACUGCACCCCUACAGUUUACUCUGCGUACCGCCUUGGAGUCAAAGAAAGCAGCUUUAGCAAUUGACCUGAUGAAGAUAAUGAAAGAAGAAGGCUUACCUGUCAGACCUCACUAUUUCUGGCCAUUGCUGGUUGAACAUCAGAGGGAGAAGAAUGUUCAAGGUACAAUUGAAAUCCUCAAAGCAAUGCAUGAAAUGCAGGUAGAGCCUGAUGUGGAAACAUAUGCAAGCUAUGUUUUGACAAAUUUUGAUGAUAUCAGCUCUUUGAGUAAUUUGCUAAAGGAACAAGGUUGCCCCAUACAAACGAAUGCACUCACUGCGUCAGAAAUCAGGCAUGAAGCUGCCAAUGGAAGAUUGGAUAAAGUGUUGGCAUUAAUAUCUUCAGCAGAUACGCCAUCUCUGGAUCUCAUGCAGUUCAGAGGUAGUCUAAUACUUGGAUUCAGAAGGUCUGAUGAUGUAGAUCUUUGGAGCAAGAUAACAGAACUGUUGUACAAGGAUGGACGCUAUUGCCAGACGCCUCCAGGACCAACUGAAGCUGUUGGCUAUUUUCUUUAUCACUUGAUUGACAGCAUGAGUGACUCAGAGGUACAGGCCAAGGAGGAGCGGCUGAGACAAUACUUCCAUCAGCUGAAGAAGAUGAAUGUAGUAAUCCCUCACAACAUCUUCAGAGGUAUUUGCAAUUUACUGGACAGCUGCCAUGUUCCCGAAUUAAUUAAGGAUGCCAUUUUAUUGACUGAUAGAGAAAAGCUAUCACAAGCAAAAUAUUCAGGGCUUCCAGUGUCUGAGUUGGAGGAAAAGCUCAGUGAGCUUGAAGCUGAGAACCAGUCUUUUGGAGAUACUCUAAAGCAGCUCAUAUUUGCUCUGUGUUCAGAAGAGAAUAUGCAGAAAGCCCUUGAACUGAAAGCCAGAUAUGAACCGGACAUGGAUGUUGGUGGCUAUGUCGCCUUAAUAAAUUUGUGCUGUCGACACGAUAAUGCAGAAGAGGCAAUGAACCUGAAAGAAGAACUCUGCCGUAAAGAUUCAUCUGUUGUUCUUGAUGGAACAAAGUAUUUAGCUUUGGUGAAAAUUUUGGGGAAAUGUGGCAGACUGGAAGAUGCUAUUAACGUUUUAAAGGAGAUGAAAGAGAAGGAUGUCCCUAUUAAAGAUACAACUGUCGUAUCCUUUUUCCACAUCCUUAAUGGUGCGGCCUUGCGAGGUGAUAUUGAAACAGUGAAUCGGCUACAUGAGUCCAUUGUGGCCCUGGGUUUAGCAAAACCUACAGGAAACCUGUGUUCUCCCCUCAUUACUGUUCAUCUUGAAAAGGAUGAUUUGCCAGCAGCCAUGGAAUCUCUGUUUGACUGCUGUAAGAAGUAUGGCACUCUCCCUAGGCUUCAUGAUGUCUUGUGCAGGUUGAUAGAGAAGGGAGACACUGAACACUUGCAGAAAGUUAUGGAUUUCGUGAGCCAAGAAAAAGGUGAAAUGGUGAUGCUGUAUGAUCUCUUCUUUGCCUUCUUGAAUACCGGCAAAUACAAAGAAGCCAAGAAGAUCAUUGAGACUCCUGGCUUGAGAGCUCGUCCAGGUCGGUUGCGGUGGUUUGCAGAGAAGUGUAUUACAAAUAAUUACGUUGAAGCUAUGGAAAACCUGGUGGAAUUGACUGAAAAGCUGUUUGAGUGUGAUAGAGAUGAGAUGUAUUACUAUCUGUUAAAAUUAUGCAAGCAAAACAAUGAUGGGCAAAGGGCUGACUCCAUUUGGACUAAAAUGCAAGAAGAAAAUGCCAUCCCACGUGAAAGAACCUUGAGGAUCCUAGCAGAUAUUCUUAAAAUGAAUAAUCAGGAAGUUCCUUUUGAUGUGCCCGAGGCUUGGUACGAUGAGGAUGUCUAUCCUACCCUUUCUUCCUCUUUGCAACCUUCUGAACCGUCUUUUGAUCCUCAAAAGCAAAUAUUCAUACUCUGCAAAAAGGGUAAAGUUGAAGAAGCAUACAAUAUUUUACUAAAGGCACAAAAGAAAGAUAUUGAUUCCUUUGGUUAUUCCCACCUUAUAAAAGCACUGCUGAGUGGUGGUUAUCUUGAAAAAGCCCUCGAAGUAAAAAACAUCGCUGAGACCCACAUCAAGGGCUUCGUGCUGAACGAUGCUGCCAGCAGCCUCCUCAUCAUAACGCAAGUUAGGCGGGAUUAUUUGAAAGAUGCAUUGUCUUCUCUCAAGACCCUUCUUGAAAGUGGCAAAGUGCCCACUCGACUCGCAGUCACGCGUCUCGUUCAGGCUUUGGCUCAGAAGGGAGAUCUGGAAAGCAUACACGCAGUUGAGAAGAUGAUGGGAAACCUCAGCGGUUUUAUUAAAUUGUCACAUAUGCUUUUCAUCAAUAACACCGUGUUGGCUCACAUCAAAAACAAUAACCUUGAUGGUGCCGUGGAAUACCUUGAGCCUCUUUUCACCUCUGGAAAACUGAGGUCGGAGACGGCAAGCUCAAGCAUCAGCUUUGUGUACAGAAAGUUGAUUGAAGAAAAACUGGAACCGGCUUUGGAGAGAUUGAGUGCCAUGGCUGAACGAUUAGCUAAUCAGUUUGGAGUUUACAGGCCUGUCACAGACCUUUUCCUUCAGUAUAUCGAUACAGGAAGAGUAGACGAUGCCAGAUUUCUACUAGAGAGAUACAGCGCAAUAGGUGAACAAAAGAGGAAUCUGAUGGCUUUCAUUGCUCGGACAUCCCAGUAUCCAGGACAGGUUCAUAAAAUCAAGUCAUUGUUAGAACUGAUUCCUGACUUUCCAGAUAUGAAAAAAGUUUACUCUUUCCUCAUGAGAUGCUAUGCAAUAGAUGGGGACGUUGCUUCAGCAAAAGCUCUAUAUGAGAAAAUGAAAGCAGAGAAAUUGCACCCGGACGAGUUGUUCUUGAAACGCUUGGCCGUCCUCCUGAAGAAUGCAGGAGAGCCUGUUCCUUUCACGGAGCCCCCUGAGAGUUUCAAAUUCUACGCAGACAAACUACGGAAAGAACAUGAAGAACAUUCAUCAGAUGAAGAUUAACUUUUAUAUAUAUGGUGGUUGUUGUUAAUAUUGUCACUGUGA